GCCGGGCGGGAGGCGGGUAGGGGAGCGGGAGGCCGAGGCGGGGCCUGGCAGCCGGCCUGGGGGCGCCGCCACCGCCUUCUCCUGCCACCCGGUGGCUGCUGCCUCCGCCGGCGGCGGCCAGUCGCCAAUGGCGGCGCCGAGGCGGUGACUCCCCGCGCCGGCCGGAUGGUUUGCGGGUGAUACAUGUGCAAGUGAUUCAAGUUUUUCCUACAAGAUGUGUUCCACAAAUCCAGCAAAUUGGGUUACCUUCGACGAUGAGCCGCUCUUCCAGUCUCCUCAGAAAUCAGCUGAAAAUCAGAGUAGUUGUAGAGCAAAUGUCCUUAAGCUUAAUCUCUCUAAUAUGCCCGAAUCCUCAAGUAGGUCAUCUUCUACAGGCAGCACUCCGCUAUCCUCUCCUGUAGUUGACUUUUACCUAAGUCCUGGACCCCCCAGUAACUCUCCACUUACUACACCUACCAGAGACUACCCAGGAAGCCCAUGUAUCCCCAAGCCUGGGAUUCAUGUCCUUUAUCCUAUUCCUGAAUGGCCAUCAAAAGGUAACUGUCUUCCAUCACCUGGGGUUUGCUCUGCCUUAACUUCACAGAAACUGAGCAGCCUUCCUGUGAACACCUCGACUGAUGAUAAUCCAGUUAAGAUUUUAGUCUCCAAAUCAACAGGUGAAGGAAAUCCUAAUCUGCAAGAAAGCUGUGAUGAGUUAGGAGAGUCAUCGGAGCAGUUCCCGUACUUCCAGAGUGACUGUGCUUUUUCCAGUCCCUUUUGGACAGAAGGAUGUUCACUCAGCACAUUGCCAGCUAACGUUAACACGCAGAGGAAGGACAAAGCGCUUGACAGAAAUGUUUGUCAUUCUAAAGAAAAAGAAACUUGCCAUGAUCAGAAGAGCCUUAACCAGGGUUCCUUCAGCUACAUCUGCGAAAGGCUCGAACACUUGCAAACCAAUAGCUCUGACACUGUGGGGAGCCUGCCCACCGCCAGCGCGCAUGCAUGGCACAGCCUCUCGUCUGCUGUCGCUCACGGUCUGUUCAGGAGUCAGAGAGCAGAUGGAUGGCCAUUCAUGCUGAGAAUUCCCGAGAAGAAGAAUAUGAUGUCAUCUCGGCAAUGGGGUCCUAUUUACCUUAAAGUCCUAGCUGGGGGUAUAUUACAAAUGUAUUACGAAAAGGGCCUUGAGAAGCCUUUCAAAGAGUUCCAGCUGCAACCACACUGUAAACUUUCAGAACCCAAGCUGGAGAGCUAUAAUGUUUCAGGAAAAAUCCAUACUGUGAAGAUUGAGUGUGUGUCUUACACAGAGAAAAGGAAGUAUCAUCCCAAAGUAGAAGUGAUCCAUGAACCAGAGGCUGAGCAGAUGUUAAAGUUGGGAACCACAGAUUAUCAUGACUUCACUGAUUUUCUUGUAACAGUUGAGGAAGAGCUUAUGAAACUUCCCACCAUUUCUAAACAAAAGAGAAGUUACGAAGAACAAGAAAUGACUCUAGAAAUAGUGGACAACUUUUGGGGUAAAAUCACUAAAGCAGAAGGAAAACUUGUGGAAAGUGCUGUCAUCACACACAUUUAUUGUUUAUGUUUUGUGAAUGGAAAUACUGACUGCUUUUUAACUUUAAAUGAUCUAGAGCUCCAGAAAAGGGAUGAAUGUUACUUUGAGAAGGAGAAGAAAUGGAUUGAUAUUCUAGAUUACCAUUUCCAUAACUGUGUUAAAACACAGGAAUUCAAGCAAUCACGAAUUAUUAAGUUUACACCUCCUGAUGCCUGUAGGCUGGAGCUAAUGCGUUUCAAGACGCAGUAUAAUGGACAAGACCUUCCGUUUUCUGUGAAGGCUGCUGUCGUGGUUCAGGGAGCAUACAUAGAACUUCAGGCUUUUAUAAACAUGUCUUCAACUGCUCUGAUACCAACACGUUUACCUUCUAUGAAAUACUGUGAAAAUGUUAUGAUACGCUUUCCAGUUCCUGCACAGUGGAUCAAAGCACUUUGGACCAUGAACCUCCAAAGACAGAAGUCCCUAAAAGCAAAAAUGAAUAGAAGAACAUGCCUUGGUUCUUUACAUGAGAUUGAAUCUGAUCCUGUGAUACAAGUCUCAGUUGGAACGGCAAAAUAUGAAAGUGCCUAUAGGGCUGUUGUGUGGAAGAUAGACAGACUUCCAGAUAAAAACUCAAGUUCAGAUCAUCCACACAGUCUGUCUUACAAACUAGAGCUUGGAUCAGACCAGGAAAUACCUUCUGACUGGUAUCCAUUUGCUACUGUGCAGUUUGUCAUCCACAGUGCCUGUGCCUCAGGAACAGAAGUCAAGUCUCUGGGCAUAGAGAGUGACGUGCAGCCCCAGAAACACGUGAUUCAGAAAGCUUUUUACAAUUGCCAGCCUAAACUCUACAGAUCCAUUAUUGAAGAUGUGAUUGAAGGUGUUCGGGAACUCUUUGCAGAAGAGGGCAUAGAGGAACAGGUUCUGAAAGACUUGAAGCAGCUUUGGGAAACCAAGGUGAUGCAGUCUAAAGCAACAGAAGGCUUCUUCAGACAUAGCCACCACUUGCCACAGUUUACUUUGCAGUUGCCACACGGUUUUCAUCGUGCUCUGCAGGCUUCAGCAGCUUCUUUAGUCAUCCCAACUGGCAGAGGCUUCCAGCAUUUCACAGCAGCAGACCUGGGUGCUUCACGGCCAGGUGCAGCUCUUGCUUUCCCUUCGGGUAUUGCUUAUCCUCUACAUGUACCUGCCGGAGUGACGUUACAGACAGCAUCUGGGCACCUUUAUAAAGUAAAUGUGCCUGUUAUGGUUGCACAGGCCCCAGGAGAUGCAAGUAUUCUACAGCAUCCUAUUCAGCAGAUAUUUCAGCAGUUUAGGCAACCUUCAGUUCUGCAAGCCAACAUUGCCAGUGUUGCACAGGUGAAUGCAGCUUCUGUCCAGGCAACUGUUGAAACAUUGCAAUGCCAGGAGCCUGCUGCCCAACGGACCAUGGUAUUUCAACCAAGUGUCAUGGAAGAAAAACACUUGGAAAACUCUACAUUGGUUCAGCAGCCUACUACGAAUCAGCAGCAAACUGCAACUAAUGCAAUAUUGAAUCAGCAAGCAGACUUGACAGAAAAAUCCCAGUGCAGCAAUCUUCAUACACCUGUGUUCACUUCAGGAAACUCUGAAGUGUUUUCUCCUGCUGAAUCAUUGGCAAACAGCCCAAGCAGCAUGCUGCCAGAUGUGGAGGGGCAGUUAAACACAGAGCCUCAGGAGUUGAUGCAGCAGCAGGUGUCUGAUGAUAUUAUUGACCUGAUUAUCAUGGGCAACAGUUUGGAUGAUACUGCUGUCCUGAAAGAUCAGGAUGGUGUUGCUCUCAGUGACAAGAUGGAACCUGCUAAGCAGAUGGAAUCUAAUUUACAAACAGAGAAGGAUAUCUGCAGUGACAUUGAAGGCAUAAUUCAGCUAGAUGGAACUGGUGAUGUUUCUCCCAAAGAAGAAAUAGCACAUACAAAAGAUAUGGAAGCGAAUGAAUUCCUUGGCAUUAUUGAAUCGGAGGAUCUAAAAGUUCUGGAGGAUGAGGAUGAAGAAGGUGACAGCCUUUCAAACACAGGGUCUAGCAGCAGUAGUGGUGAUAACGAAGAGCCUCAGAUAGAUAUAAUUGAGGAGGACCCCUUAAAUUCUGGUGAUGAUGUCAGUGAACAGGACACUCCAGACUUGUUUGACACCGAUAAUGUGAUAGUUUGUCAGUACGACAAGAUACAUCGAAGUAAGAACAAAUGGAAGUUUUACUUAAAAGAUGGAGUGAUGUGCUUUGGGGGUAAAGACUAUGUUUUUGCAAAAGCCAUUGGAGAUGCAGAGUGGUGAAACUUCACUGAAAUAGGUGCUUUAAUGAGUGUGGACUAAUUCCCUUAUGAAUGUUCUGUGAAGCAACUAAACAUUCUACUGUUUUGUCAUUAAAAAAAAAAAAAUUGUUAAACAAAAUGUGUAAAAUCUGUGCAGUUAAUAAUGCAAAUUAAAACACUGUAUUGUUAGCUAUUCAGCUGUCUUUGCUGCUCUUUUCUGAUUAUUUCAUUCCUUUUCCACCAAAGAAAUGUAAUUGAAAUGAACAGCUUUAAUGACUAAAAUGUUGAGUUUAUUAGUAACUUAAGACAAAAGUCACAGAAUACUAACUGACUAUAUUUAAAUAAAUUUCAACUCCUUUGGUUUUCUUUCCAUUUUUAAAUGAGUUAAAAUAUGACUUGCAGUAUAAAACAGCACAGUUCUUAGUGAUUUAUUUUUCUGCUGGGGAGGAAGAAAAAAAAGCUAACACUUGUGCAAGUUUGAGACCUGUGGCUGUUUCAACUAUAUACUUUCUUCUUUUUCUCCCCCUUUCCUUCCUCUCCCUUUCUGCAUUUUUUGGUUUGCUUGCUUGUUUUUGUUUCAGCCUCAAUGCAAGCACUUUAGAUGUAAGACAGGAAAUGUGAGUGGAAGACCUUUGAGCUAUCAAAAUAUGAGAAUUAUUGUUUAUUUUACCCUCAGUGUCUACUGAGAUGCAAUUAGUAGUGUGAUUUUAACAUUAAAAUGUGAUUUACUUUCAUUGUCAAUGCAAAGUCACUUAAUGUCUUUACAUAUCCACUACAUUCUAUGGCUGCAGACCAGGAAGCUGUGAAUGAUGCAAACUGUGCAUAAUAAAAUGUCACCUCAUGCAUUUUUACCUGUCAGCUGUUUUUGUCUGCCUUAAAUCUAAAAUUUGCUUUCAGAAAUGUGUACAAGCCAUUCACGUGCUGGUAGCUCACUC